UUCUCUUCGCAGCGAAUGGAUGGUCUGUAAAGUGAUGCGAACUUUUUCUAGAAGGCCAGUCCUGUUACUUCGUACGAACAGGAGAGGUAGAUUGCACGCAACUCAAAGACCGAAAAGAGACCAAGAUGUCAAAACUUUUUCAAUUACUACUUUACGUUUGCACUGCAGGCAAGCUUCACGGACAGUAUGAAGGAUCAGGGAAUACAGAGACCAGCUACAAUGAGGUCAUUCCAGAGGUGCCCUGGUAUAUCCCACAACUGGACAACAGGAAUCCGCACUGGUGCCACACCUUGAGCCUGUCCAACGGGGAGGCCACCUGCUUCUCUCCACAUGGGGGGCGCUACCGGAGCACCCUGGGGACACGCUGCCAGCUGUCCUGCGACCACGGAUACCGGCUGGUGGGGCGAGCAUCCGUAAACUGCAUGGCCAACCGACGAUGGUCAGGCACCGCCCACUGUCGCCAGAUUCGCUGCCAUGUCUUGCCCAUUAUUGAUCAUGGGACUUACAGCUGCACUGAAGGUGUGGCGGUGGACUCCAGGUGCGACUAUGCCUGUGACAAGGGUUACGAGUUGGAGGGGGACCGCACCCGCACCUGCCUCGAGGGGGGCGUGUGGAGUGGCACAGAGCCCACCUGCACAGAUAAUGACCCUCCCACGAUCAAGUGCCCCACCUCCAGGGUAAGGCUUGCGAGUCCAGGCAGGCGAACCACCAGGGUGUCCUGGGAGCCCCCGGUGGUCAAGGACACCGCUGACACAACACUGACAGACAUUACUCUGAUAGGCCAAGAGCCAGGAUCAGACUUUAAGGAGGGAAUACAUGUCAUCCGUUACAAAGUUUACGAUCGGGCGAGGAACAAGGCGGCCUGCAAAUUCAUCGUCCGUGUGGAGGUCAGGAGGUGCCCCAUGCUCAAAGCCCCACUGCACGGCUACCUCACCUGCUCCUCGGACCGGAACAACUAUGGGGCCGUGUGCCAGCACCACUGCGACGGGGGCUAUGAGCGGCGCGGGACCGAGACCCGGGUGUGCCAGUUCAACCGCAGCUGGUCUAUGUCUGCUCCAGUCUGUGUCACCAUGGAGAUAAACACAGAUGUGAAGACGGCCGCCGCCCUGCUGGACCAGUUCUACGAGAAGAGGAGACUGCUCAUCAUGUCCACGCCUGACACUUCCAACCAGUACUACAAACUGCAGAACGUGAUGUUACAGAGAGCAGGGUGUGGUCUGGACCUGAGACAGGUGACGGUGAUCGAGCUCAUUGGACUACCCCCUCGAGAAGUGGGCCGCAUAAAAGACCGGCAGCUCAACUCUGAGGUCAUUGAAGGACUCAGGCAGGCCCUGAGGAUCUCCAGAAGCUACUUCUCUAUGGUGCUGCUGGACGAACACGGCGUCGAUCACGAGCGCUUCAUCAACCCCACCACCUCGGACGAGCUCUACUCCUUCAUCGACACUUACCUGAUGGAGGAGGAGGAAAGAGAACGCCUGGAGAAAAAGAGAGACUACUGCGACUGAGCCUCAGAGCACUGUCGCCCUCCUAAUGGUGUGGCAUAAUCUGCCCUGCACUGCUGGCUUAGAAGUGGACAGAGGGGAAACUCCAGAACAUUCCCCACCACCACAAUCCAUGGCUAAGAGCAAUAUGAAGUCAUGUUUUCCACAGAGCACUGGACAGAUGCCAAGACCUCUUUGUAAACUAGCCUUAGGUUUCCUGUAGGAUGGAAAAAAAUUCAUGAAUGUGCCACUUAGCAGCAAUCUAAGAAGGUGCAGUAACCUGUAAUUUCCUUGUGGGAAACUGGAGGGACACUUGUGGAGUGUUGUUCAAGGGUGAAAUCACAGGGAUUUUGUUUUAGUUAAGAUUGACUGGUAGUGGAAGUUUGAUAGCCACAGUAACUACCAGACAGCACAGAUGCAGAACAGGCAGUGCUAGUGUCUAUCGAUCUCUGUCAUCAGCAUGUAUAUAGCACUGAAAAAGGUGCUCCAUUCAACGAUAUAAUUAUAUUUAUUACAACAUAAUUUAUUACACUGCAUAAAAACAAGCUACACUUCCAACCAUUAUUUUAAUGUUCGAAACACUGAAAAUCAUACAGUAAAGAAAUAGUGCAUCUGUUGAUUUUAUUUGUAGAAGAUAUAUUAUCCCUUUAAAAUGGAGAAUGGUAUAUGCUAUGGUCAAGUUUUAAACUUAUGGAUAGGUUUAUAAACAUUCAGUUACAUGCAGUAUAUACACACACACACACUUUUAUACUUUAGUGGAAACUAAAAAAAAAAUAAAUGUAAACACACGUGAAGUUGCAUCUGAAAGUUUAAGGGCCAGUUGACCUAUUAUUUUAUUGUUCGAAACACUGAAAAUCAUACAGUAAAGAAUAUUGUAUUUAUUAAUUUCAUUUAGAGAAAAUGCAUUAUCCCUUUAAAAUGGAGAAUGGUAUAUGCUAUGGUCAAGUUUUAAACUUAUGGAUAGGUUUAUAAACAUUCAGUUACAUGCAGCAUAUACACACACACACACUUUUAUACUUUAGUGGAAACUUUAAAAAAAAAAAAAAAAAAAAAAAAAA